GGACCUUUGACCCGGAAGUGGUUGGGCCGGCCAUCGGCGUGUUUGGAAAGCGGUGGCUGGCGCCAUGUUCCUCACCGCGGCGUCCCUUGCCAAGAGCAAAUCAAAGACGCUUCUUGUGAAAAUGGUGAGCCAAGCUGGGACGGGUUUCUCCUUCAAUACGAAAAGAAGCCGGCUGCAGGAGAAACUGGUCCUACUGCACCAUGAUCCAAUCGUGAACAAGCGUGUCCUCUUUGUGGAGAAGAAAAAAAUCCGCUCUAUCUAAACAAUAGCGUGAAAAUGGAUGGGAUUUCUACACGAGGAAGACUCUUGGGGGGAAACACGGAUUCAGAAAUCCUGCAGCGUGAGCUGAAAGCAGAGGAAGUGGCCUGGAAUGGCUGCCUCCUGUGAUUUGAAGGCCAUUGUGAAGGGAAACAAUGCAGCGAAAGAAAGUUCUUCACUUCAGGUCAUUUAUCAUUGCAUCAACACUUAUUUAUCUUGCAGGUUAUUUUAAUAACCCGCAAUAAAAAUUUUAAAAUAGCCAGCA